AUGUCCUCGAGCCAGGAUGGUUACAGUGUUGAGAAAGUGGUUGAUGUAUCUAAAGCACAGAUAUUCUAUGGAUCACAGACUGGAACUGCAAAGUGCUCCAACAAGUUGGUCUGUAUGUUCCUAUUGGCUGUGUACACUGACGGACAGCCCACAGAAAAUGCUGAAUGGUUCUGUAAGUGUCUGGAGGAGGCAUCCACUGACUUCAGAUAUGGGAACGCCUACCUGAAAGGACUGAGAUAUGUGUAUGGCUGCCAUUACAAUACGGUGAGUAAGAAUGUGGACAAGUGGCUGUGGAUGCUGAGCGGCAUCCGGGUUCUGUCCAGAGGAGAUGGCAACUGCAACGUAGCGAAUAGCCACAAUGGCAGCGUGCAUGCUGACUUUCUGGUCUGGAAGACCAAGUUCCUGAGCUGCCUGCAGGCCCUGGUUGCAGGGCAGAAGAAGGCCUGUAGUGGAAACUGUAAGAUGGGCAGCUCAUGUAAGACCAGGAACAGGAAGAAACCACAGUCCUCAGUCUUCUCCUAUCAGGCAUUUCCAGAACAGCUCAGCUCUGAGGAGGAGCUGGUAGAGUCCAGUAGUGACGAGGAGACAGCUGGGUCAGAGGAGAAUAGCCCAGGCUCAGUCAUCGAUGUGGAGGAUCUAGGAAAAAUCUUGAACGGCAUCAAGAAAACCAAGGUCAGUCAGAUACAAACCACACUCUGGGCUCCAUGGGGACACCAGGUCCAUGCUAAGAGGAAGAGGAGGUUGUUACAAGCACUCCUUUUAUGGCGUGAGGCCCACAGGUGUAUGGAGUCCUCCCUUAGCCUCGUCUGUGCCAACAAGUGUGACUUCUGCUGGAGACACCACACUAACCCGGUGGGCACAGAGUGGCGCUGGAAGAUGGCUGCUGAGAAGAUACUACUGGAGGCUGUGGAGAACCACCAGAACAUGUUCCGACAGGCCCUGUAUGAGGGCCGGGGGAAUGCAGAGGAGGUUUGUGCAGUCAUUAGGCUCUCCAGCUUCAUGGUCCCCAAGGCACAGUUCCCCCAGGAGAUCAGAAAUCUGGUACCGGUGACCAAGCUGUAUGUGAGUGUGGGUGCCGGCACCAAGGGCAGUCUGAAAAAGAUCGACCGGCUGCUCUUCAACAACUUCUGGCCGAGGUUCCUAGACAGCCUCAAGGAUCUGGGUGAAAAGGAAGUCUCUCGACAGAGGACAGUGUACAAACUGACUCUGGUGAAGACGUGGACUGUAGACAAACUGAAGGCCUACUCAAAGCUGCUGGGACAACUUGACUUCAUUGGGGUCGAGGUUGGUGGUGACUCUUCCAUCCAAUCCAUCUCUGCCCCAUCCAUUCCUCCACCCUCAUUCUUGUUCCAUGGCAGGAGCUAUGAAAACAACAAUAUCUAGAAUUCAGAGCUCCUUGUGGAGUGCAGUCAAGUCAUUUAUUGGAAAACCCUCUUUGGUAGUGUCUCUAUCCUCGCCUCAUUUGCCUUGUUUGUCUGUCUCUUUCCCCCUCUUCCUCUCUCUGACAGUGCUAUGUUAUGUAUAU